AUGGAAAAGACUAAGUUUACAGAUGAAACAACUCCUCUCCAAAAGCUGGACAGUUUUAAACAAGCUUUAAAAUCAACAUUUGCCGAACCACCAGAAGUACAACGCCGUCGUCUGGCGUCUGAGUUUUCCACGAUGAAACAGCGAGUUACAGAAUCGAUCGAUCGCUUCGCAUUUCGCUUCAAAAACAACCUUCACCGCCUCGCUAAAUUGGGCGAACCCGUGGACCGAAACUCGCCUCAGUUCAUCAUGUCGCAGUUUAUCUCCAAAACGAAACCAGACAUUCAAAAACAUUUGGUGCUUAAAGCAGAAGAAUACAAAGAUCUUUCUGAGAUCAUCGAAGCCGCAAAACGAAUCGAGCGUUCAUUCAGCCCUUCGCACAGUCAACCCAAUAAACAAUCGCCGGAACAAACUAACGCUCUUACCACUAAUCCAGCUCCUGGUUUUCCUCGUGGUCGCGGCAAAGGACCUCGCUGUUAUAGUUGCAAUUCCUAUGGCCAUACCAAAGGCAACUGCCCCGAAAAAACGCAGAAAAACCACAAUGCUACGAACCCCCAAAGAAGUAACGAAGUUUGCCGUUUAUGGAACAAACAUCAACGACCUCCCUGCGUUUUACCAGACCAAUCAUGUAGAUAUGGCCGUCUUCACAACUGUAACACUUGUUCCAAGCCAGGUUGCAAGGAUAUUAAUCAUGCAAACACUCGUCCACCUGUUGCAAACUCCUGCGAAGUUCAACCACCACAGGCAACCC